AUGUCAUUGCUAGCUGGUGUUGUGCCACUCACUUUAUUGCUGAUGCAGUGCAUCGCGAGGCAGGAGGCAUUUCCCAUGGAGUCAUUAGUUAAACUACACGAUUUGGUAACAAUUAGGAUAAAGACAACUCUCGAACAGGAGCAAAAUAUUCAUCCAAAUGAAGAAUUUAUGAGGCAUUACAAACUUCUGGCUGAUGCAGCCGAGUUGCCAUUCGAACUACUUGAUGAGAAAAUCGUCGUGUAUAAUGCAUAUAAGGCCUACACUGAAGCUCAGUUGGGAGGAACUGAUCAGUCCUUGGAAGUAAACGAUGAGACUGAGAACAGGCUCACUUCCCGUCAGAGCUUUAGUACAUUUGAGAAGCGAAUUCUAAAACUUUUAAAGAAAUUGGGCAUCUACGAUCCGUUUUCUGAACGGGUCUUUAAGGCCAUUUUCAGCGAUGAGAAACAAUUGAAGAAACUUAAAAAGAAACUCGACGAAUUGGGCAAAAAAGAAAAGGAGGAAAAGGAAUCGGAAGACAAGGAAAUUUUGUGGGAUUUUAUCUAUGGAUUGUUUUGGUGA